GGUUCUCAUGCUCAGAUUUGUCGCUGGCCGAGAGCUUUUGGGGAGGAACAUAGGGCUGGUGGACGUGAAUGUGGUACCGGCUAUCAGCGUGUUGGGAACAAGUUGAGAUGGCAUCUUAGGAUGUCGACCAGUUACUAUGAGUAGUGCCUCGCCGUUUUGUCGUCGCAACUCAGCUCCUCUUUCACUCUACCCAAGAUAACGAUGUCCUCCCCCAGCAGGAAUGAGCACACUGCACUACCGAGCAGCCCGCCAGCGCCCACCCAGUCCCAAAAGGUGCAAGAGCGAGCACCACUGCAGCAAGAGCAGCCGACAGCCAACCAGAAUACUUACGACAGUCUAAAGGACGAAGUCGGCUCUUCGCAGGCUCCAGCACAGCAACGCCCCGCAUACCCUUGGUCGCGACACCGACUGAACCUCCCACCUCCCGUCGUCGUUUUAAAACUAGGCGAUGCCCCACCAGCGGCGCCCUCGCCGUCCCCGUUCCCAAGAUAUGGCCAUUCGCUACCCACCUCCGCCACUGCUACUGGGGAGCUCUUCCUUUUCGGUGGUCUUGUUGGAGAGACUACUCGCAACGAUCUCUAUCUAUUCUCGACUCAGGACCUGUCGUCGACGCUGGUGCAAACAAGAGGAGAAAUUCCAUCGCCACGAGUGGGCCAUGCAAGCGCUAUCGUUGGCAGUGUUUUGUUUGUAUGGGGCGGUGAUACCAAGACGAACGACAGCACGAAAUCGACGGAUAAGCAGGAUGACGGGCUUUAUCUCUUGAACCUCGUCUCUCGUGAAUGGACUCGCGUAAACGUGUAUGGUCCGGCACCUAUAGGUCGGUAUGGGCAUGCUGUGGCGAUGGUGGGCAGCAAGUUCUUUAUGUUCGGUGGGCAAGUAGACGGAGAGUUUCUAAACGAUCUCUGGGCAUUCGAUCUCCAUUCACUACGGACGAAGGCGGUGUGGAAGAAGGUGGAACUCGCAGAGGGUUCUCCCAGGCCUGCACAACGUACCGGCCAUAUUUGCGUGCCAUAUGGCGAAAAGAUUGUUCUGUUCGGCGGUACUGACUAUCAGUUCCACUACAACGAUACAUGGAUCUUUGACAUUAGCACUCGCACGUGGUCUGAGCUAACCUGCAUCGGCUUCAUCCCUUCUCCGAGAGAGGGUCAUGCUGCGGCGAUUGUAGACGACGACGUCUAUAUCUUUGGUGGCAGAGGGGUUGAUGGUAAGGAUUUGGGCGACCUCCAAGCUUUUAAGCUAUCGAAUCAGCGCUGGUACAUGUUUCAGAAGAUGGGACCAGCACCUAGUGCGCGCUCAGGUCAUGCUAUGGCGUCCGUGGGAUCCCGGGUAUUCGUAUUCGGAGGUUUAGGUGGGGAAUCACUGAAUGCCGCGAAACCAGAAGACCACAGGAUCGUCCACGUCCUAGAUACCGAAUGUAUCAAGUAUCCUGCUAGUACUGGCAGAUCUUCGCCUCCCAAUGCUCCAAAGGCCCCCAAUCAAGAGACAUCCGUCCAGACCUCCGAAGUGGGUCUCCUCAACAUCUGAGGCCGGUCGGUCCGCGGACGCCUCACGGCGCCCAAGUGCCAUUGGAAGUGAAUUCUGUCCGUCACGACACCGACGAUCGUCUAGACCCUGAACGUAUACUUGAGUGCCCACGAGGCACGAUCCCAUCUCAAACUGCAGUGCCGUCCUUAUCUAUUUAUUCAUGGAGCCCGGUGCACGGCGCGGGAUUGCUAGAGCAUGAUCAACGUGUAUCUAAUAUGUUCCUGGGGCUAGAUCUGAGGCACACCUCAUUCGACUAUAAAUUAUGUAAAAGUGCUCCCAGAUGGUCAGCAAACUU